CAUCAUCCUAUUUGUUGACACGACGAAAUCUUGACAGCACACCAGCGCAAUCUUAUCUCAAAUUUAGGUGAAAAUGUGGUCUGUAAAGCAAAAUAAGAGGAAGAGGAAUAAGUGAUUCUCUUUUAAUUAUAUAGAAAUCAUAAUAACAGCUUAUCAAGCAAAACCCGAGCUUCUAGUUGAAUUACAAACAUCUUUGAAAUCUGGAAAGCUACAGAAAUAUCUUACGGAUAACUUGACCUGAAGUCGGCCAGUAGGGUUCGAGGGAGGCAAUAAUCUUGAUAUGAAGAGAGUUCCAUAACGACAAAUUAGUGAGGAGUAAUAAAAAAGGAAAGCCAUGUUUAAGUCCAAGAAGAAGUCGAAGCUGCCCGCCAGGCCCAGCCCUCCCUCGUGGGAAGAGAUGGAGGAGGACCUUCGCGUCGUGGCCAAGGAGGACUUCAUCUUCGCCCUCAAGGCCGAGUCGGAAGAAAAGGAGGAAAUUGAGAAGGUCAACAAUGGAGCAGAAGAAGGUGAAGAUGUCACAGAGACACAUGUCUUUGCACAGGCUGUCACGUUUGUGGAGAAGAAUGAUGAGCUAGUACACAACAUGAGGCGUUUGGAUGAGGCCAGAGAAAAGUUGGAGGACGUCAGCAGCAGCUUAGAGAAGACAGUGGCUAAAGUGAAAGAACAGGCGCUGGUGGCCAUGGAUGGAUACUGAAGGGCUUGUGUGAAGGAAUAUGGUGUUUAGAUAGAUACGGUACAAUUAAAGGUGGAGUUUGAGACUUUUUUUCUUUAUGUAUUUAAAAAAAUGCAUUUCAGAGCUUGUUUAUUCUGUUAUGCCAUGGUAUAUUGAAUUUAUAUGGACAAAAUGAGGCAGUUAGAUAGAUACUAUUUAUGUUUUUGUAUAAUGUUUGCAGUGCAAAACAUUGUUUUUGUUUAUUUAUAAUAAAAGAUAUAUUUUCAA